UUUUUUUUCUUUUUCUUCUUUUUUUUUUUUUAAUCACCCUAAAACUUUACUUUAUUUUUACGGACCAUUCCUUUGAACAUUUACUCUCCUUAUUUUGUUAUAUGGAUCGGAAAUCACGUACUUCACGUUCGGCUACUUUGGAAAAUUCAAAUGAAGAACUUAAUCUUUGGAAACAAAUAUGCAGCUCUUUGGUAGAAUUAGAACAUAUUCAACAGAAAACAGAAACAGUAGUUAAGAAUCUCAAUGAUAUGCGUUCAUCAUUACAGCCAGAUCAAGAUAUUACACCAACUCUUCUACAUAGAUUAAAAGAUCAUUAUCGUGGAGGGAUAGAAUUAUCUUCCGAUGAAGUCAAAAUUAUUACUGAUGUUAUUGAGAAGUUGACAGUUUUGACAGCAUUACGAGAAGCAUCAGAAACACGAGCCGAACAGAAAAGAAAAAAAAGGAAAUCUGAAGUAGAAGAAUUGAAAUCAGUCUCUCCCAAGAAAGCAAAGGGUAGCAGCGAUAUAUAUUCUCCUGGUACAUCAGUAGCAGCAAGACAACCUAAACAAAAGGAUAAGAAUGAAGAAUGGAUAUUGGCUAUCGUUUUAAGUUUUCAUGCAGAUAAAAACAAAUACCAAGUAGAAGAUGUUGAACAGGAUGAAUAUGGACAAAAACAGAAAUAUAUGUUACCACCAAGAAGUGUCAUUGCUGUACCUGAAAAUGGAGACAUCAAAUCCAUUCCUGAAAUUAGCCCUGGUGAAGACGUCCUGGCUCUAUAUCCUGGUACUACCUGCUUUUAUCGUGCUGUCGUCGCUCAUCCUCCAUCUAGUAAGGAUAAUAAUAGUGGACCAUCUAAUUACAAGGUACGAUUUGAAGAUGACAACAAUGAAAUCAAAACCGUCCGAAAAGAACAUGUACUCCAAAUACCAAAAGGAAAACCUUAGAUAGCAUUUUCUCUCCCCUUUUCGUUACAUCUACUCUACUUACUUACUAUUUACUUUACACCUUAUUUCAUAAUGAAUUUUUCCCACAAUAAAAAAAGAAAAUUUUUUAUCCUC